UAAAACCUCGUCCACCUCCUUUCCCUCUCCGCUGCAAUGGCGACGCCUCCGCCGCCCGCCCAGACCCCCGGCCCGUUGCCGGCGAAUACCCCUGGGCCGCCGCAAACCCCCGUUCUUCCGGUCACCCCCGCUGUUAAAUCUGAGACUCCGUCCACCGACGUCGCCGAACUCCUCCCUGCCGCCAGUCCCCGGACGCCGGAACCCUCCCCCGCGGCCUCCUACACCAUCACCAUUCCCAGCUGCUCCGGGUGGUUUUCCUUCGGCAAGAUCCACGAGACAGAGCGAAAGAUCCUGCCGGAGUUCUUCGACGGGAAGUCAGUUUCAAGAAACCCAAGGGUUUACAAGUACUACAGGGACUCGAUCAUCAGACGGUUCAGGAGAAAUCCUUCGAGGAAGAUCACCUUCACUGAGGGCCGGCGAGGGUUGAUCGGGGACGUAGGGUCGAUCCGAAGGGUGUUUGAUUUCCUCGAGGAGUGGGGAUUGAUCAAUUAUGCUCCAUCGGCAAAGCCCAGCUUGAAGGAGAAGCGAGAGGCUGAGGAGGCUUUAGAAAAGAAGGAGAGCCCCAAGAAGCUGUGCAGCAACUGCAGGUCUGUCUGUAGCAUCGCUUGCUUUGCCACUGAUAAGGCAGACAUUAUUCUCUGUGCAAGAUGCUUUGUUCGUGGCAACUAUAGGCCUGGCCUCAGUUCAACAGAUUUUAAACGCGUUGAUAUCACUGAAGAAACAAAAACUGACUGGACUGACAAAGAGACUCUUCACCUACUUGAGGCCAUUUUGCACUAUGGUGAAGACUGGAAAAAGGUGGCCGAACAUGUUGGUGGUAGAAGCGAGAAAGACUGUGUUGCUAGAUUCAUCAAGUUGCCUUUUGGAGAGCAGUUCUUGGGGCCUCCAGAAAUUGGGGAAGAUGGUAAGCAGCACGAGAAAAAUGAUCAGGUGAGUGCUGGGCAUGAAGAGGCAGAUGCUGCAAUGUCACGCCCUAUAAAGCGAAGGCAUCUCACACCCCUAACAGAUGCAAGCAACCCAAUCAUGGCUCAGGUUGCUUUCUUAUCUGCCAUGGCUGGUUCAGAUGUCGUCAAAGCUGCAGCUCAAGCUGCCAUUUCAGCAUUAUAUGAGGUGGACCUGGCCAGCAUCAGCAGUUUGAAUGAGGCUUUCUGCCCAAAUGGUCAACCUGUUGAAGAAGUUGUUGAAGAGGCUGCCACAGAGGCACAUUCACAGCUUGAGAAGGAACUCCAAGAUGUGGAGCAAUCUGUGUCUGACGUUGUGGAUGUUCAGAUGAAAGAUAUCCAGGAUAAGAUUGCACAUUUUGAGGAGGUUGAAUUGCAGAUUGAGAGAGAGCGGCUGCAACUGCGGUACAUGAAGGAUCUACUAUUUGCUGAUCACUCAACAAUUUCUCAGCACAAGGCUCGGCUAAUGUUUAAGGGAAAUGAUGAUUUGGAGAAGUUUAGACUUGAUCGCAAUGUAACUUGACUGUCUAGAACAUUUAUCUAUAACAUGUGUAACAAUUUCUGUAUUCUUCCUCGCCA